CACUCUUCGUUCGACGAUGUUGAGUCGAAUGGUUUAUAAAUGUCAGAUGUCAGCGGCUAUUUACAAGUGGACCGCAACAUUUUUUGGGGGUGAGGGGGCUUACAAGCCAUGGAGGUUUAUACAAAAGCGGCAAUACCUUACGCCCCCUACCCCUACUUGGUCAAAUGUUUGCUCGAAUGGCGUCUCCCGCGCUUUAGUUGGCGCGUAUUUAUUGUGUUUCUUCUGGCGACCUUCUUGGAGCUCUUGUUCGAUCUCCCUUCAUCCAGUGCGGUUAAGGAUGCAUUCACAGGAUUCAGAUGACUGGGUUAGCUGUACCAUGUGUCGCUCAGGACGACAGAGUGUCAUGACUCUAAACCGUGCUGCUCAAAGGAGAAUAUCAUGGCCUGACCCUUCUAUGCAGCCUUUCCAACAUUCUGAGGAACCAAGAGUACACACUACUAUAGACGAUGCGUUUGACACAGUUUUACAAUACAUGAAUGUGACGACAAGGCAGUGCCGGAGAUACUACAGAUGUAGAACUCCUGAUCAGUGCAACCUUUCAGACAUAGACCACAUCCGGAGGUUUCACAAACCCGGAUACAGUUCCAGACCACACAGAAACCCACUCCAAAAAUCAGAAGAAGUUCAUGUGGAGGUUGCACCUGGAAGCUACGCAGUCACUGCAGGACGUUGGGGUGCACAAAGAGACCACACCCAUAUUGUAAGGGUGGAGCCUGGACAAACGGUGGACAUGAUGUUUGCUGUAUAAUGUAGAUGACUGAACAUUUUUUUAAGUCAGAUGUAAAGUUUAUACAAUAAGAACAAAUUUAGUUUUUUUUAUGCUUCAUAAACCAUGUGAAAUCUUUCAAAGGCCAUAUGAUUUUCUUUUGCAUGAUUAUCAUCAUAAUUAUCAUCAUGACCGUUAAUAAUGUCUCCUUAUUAGCAUCUUUCAUACCACAACCACCACACACUCGUUGAACUCAUCAUCAUCAUUGCCAUCAUCAUCGUAUUAUCAUAAAUAAUGUACUCCUUUUAGCAUCUACCAUGCCACAACAACCACACAUUCAUCAUCAUCAUUCAUCUUCGUUUUCAUCAUUGUAUCAUGGUAAAUAAUGUCCUAUUAGGAUAAGCAUACCAAAACCACUGCACACUUGUUUAACUCAUUAUCAUCAUUCAUCGUCAUAGCGUCAUUUUCAUCAUCGCAUCAUCAUAAAUGAUGUCCCCAUAUUAGCAUUUACCAAACCACAACAACCACACUCCUGUUAAACUCAUCAUCAUCAUCACCAUUAGCAUCAUCAUCAUCGCCAUCAUCAUUGUAGUCAUCAUCAUUUUCCUCAUCAUAUCAUCAGAAAUAUAUUUUUUUCUAUUAGAGUCUACCAUACCCAAACCACCACACUCCCAUUGUACUCACUCGUCAUCAUCAUCAUUGUUGACAUCAACAGUUUGUUUAAUCGUCAGUUGUACACUGAAUAAGUUCUUUUAUCGACUUUUCUUAGACAUUGAAUAUUUUUGUAACUUUUCCCAAUUAUGAUUAAACACCAGAGACCAAUAAAUAAACGCUUAAAAAUAAA